AUGGCGGACACAGCGAGACCCAUAAGCAUUCUGCCAUCGAUCAAAUGCUCAGACUGCAGCGUCGAGAUUGAGAUCUCGAAGAUGGCCGACCAUGUCUGCGCCCCAGUCGCCGAGCCGGAGCUUAUGGCCCCGCCCAAGGCCACCAAGAACUUUUUCGAUCGCGCCGCCAGCAGCAUUCGCUCUUCAACCGCACAUCUCAAGCCCGGUCGCUCGGGACCACCGCCCAGCAUAGACUCCAGUGUCGCCAACAAGCCCUUCGUCGGACGCGCCCAGGCCACGCAAGACCCCUUGACCCCAAACAGCAACCCAAGCUCUAGAAGUCCGUCGCCAGCUUUCCUUAUGUCGUCAACAGCCUUCCGGACCCAACCUGGCCUAGAACCGCGAGCUUACAGUCCCACUUCUCCAGAUCAAUCCACCAUCGACCGCGCGAACUCCCCGGAUCCCAUCAAGAGGCAACUCACACCAACCCAUGACUACCCUGAAUCCGACCCGAAUUUCGCCCCUCUCAGCCCGCGGCCCAAUGCCAGUGACAAUGUCUUCUCCCGCCUGAACACGCUUGCAUCUGGUCCAUUCAACGUGAGGGAAAGAAAGACGUCAUUGAGACCAGAGACGGCCGAGGAAGCCAGACCCAACUCGUCGCACAAGAGGACUCCUACAUUGAGCAGUUUGAGGAGCAGGUCAAAGUCGCGGACCUCGAGCCGUGGGAGCAAUGUUAUGGGUCAUGAACGCCAGCCGUCGGUAGCCAGUACAGAGAGGUCUCGCUCGUCCAUGCGCUCCAAUGGAUUGCCCGCGCCAGCUGAAACUGGUGGAAAGCGCGCCCCGCCCCCGCGGCCUGCGCGGCCCAAUGAGACUGUGGACGCAUUCUUGGAAAAAUUACAAGGAGAAGCCAAUCAGCCUUCAUUGGCUGGGCUGAUGAGUAUGCGCUCGCAGAUUGUUCCGAUCCAGAAAGACAGCACGGGCAACGCCAACAAGGCUGCCAUCUCACUUCCGAGGAGGCCUUCGGAGAAAGUCCCGCCUCCUCCCCCGAAGUCUCUUGCACGAAACAUCUCGCAUUCAUCGACGGAGGAGACGCCAGAAUGGUGGGAUUCUCCGGACAACGCACGCCCGUCUAGUCCGGCAAAGCCAACUUCUGAGCCUAAUCCGCAUGGAAGGAAGCCAUCAGUUGCAGACGAAAACGCCAAAAGAUAUCCCCGCAGGACAUCAAGCCGCAAUAUCAGUCUCAAGGAUUUGGAUCUUGGUCCCAAACCGCCUGUUCCUCAGCCACCACGACUGGAGGUUCGUCCUCGUGGAACUUCGCACGCGCCCUCCGAUUCUGGCUCGUCCGAAGCCUCCUCGGGCUAUGAUUACCGCAGCAGCCGCUCUACUCCGCCAACCUCAGCAGGAGCCAGUCCUAUCAACGAGCCCUUCAAGCCGUACAGACCCUUUGACCAGACUCCUGCAGCCCCGCGCCCGGGAACUUCCAGCGGACCUCCUCCUGAGGCACACGGGAAGACGCCGAGCACGAGCAUGAGCCGGCAAAACGCACCAGAAAGCUUGCCUUUGGACCCUCCCCAGCUUCGUGCCAUUCCUGAUGCACCGGAGUCGCCGAUGGAUCCUGCGAUUCAGCGUGGCAUGUUCACACCGAGCCGGCCUUCGGACUCAUCGGCGCUGCCCGAGAUCCAAUCCGUUGUCCGGGAUGAGGAGAAGCCUCCUAUGCCUCCUACCCCUACCGAGGAAGAGGCGCCAAUCAGGCCUCUUCAACAUACGAGGACGGGGUCGUCAGGAAGGCGACCCGGCACAGCGGGUAAGGGGAACUGCAGAGGCUGUGGUGAAGUCAUUGUCGGAAAGAGCGUCAAAGCGGCGGACGGAAGGCUGACAGGCCGGUGGCACAAGCAAUGCUUUGUCUGCAGGACUUGCCACUCCCCCUUCCAGACGGCCGACUUUUACGUGAUUGAAAACCACCCGUACUGCGGACACCACUACCACCAGAUGAAUGGCUCGCUCUGCCGGGGGUGCAACUACGGCAUCGAGGGGCAGUAUCUGGAGACUGAGCGGCGGCAAAAGUUCCACCCGCAGUGUUUCGCAUGCGACACGUGCAGGAUGCCCCUGCGGGACGACUACUUCGAUGUAAUGGGAGUCGUGUACUGCGAGCGCCACGCGUGGCAUGCGGCAAGACAGACAGGCGGCGGUCCGCGCGGCAUGCUGGCUCCAGGAGAUCCCAGGCGCAAUCCCGAAAGGAGGAGGACUAGGCUGAUGAUGAUGUGA